AUGAGGUUCUUUCAUCUGUUUGCUGUCGCGAUCUCGCUGUUCUUUGGUGUAUUAGCUACCGACAAUGGCCUCCAAACGGACGUGGAGUGGGAUAAUGGGUCGCUCAUGGUCAAUGGCGAGCGCGUAAUGAUUAUGAGUGGAGAGUUCCACUACGCUCGCCUCCCAGUUCCUGAGCUAUGGCUCGACGUCUUCCAGAAGUUCAAGGCAAAUGGCAUGAACGCAGUCUCAAUUUACUUCUUCUGGUCGUACCAUUCAGCAUCGAAGGGCGUAUACGACUUCACCACACCUGGCAAGGAUAUCCAGCGCUUAUUCGAUAUGGCCAAAGAAGCCGGCCUUUACGUGAUUGCGCGACCAGGCCCGUACUGCAAUGCCGAGACCAACGGUGGUGGCUUCGCACUCUGGACGAGUGAUGGAAGUGGUGGCAAGUACAGAACUUCAGAUGAGACCUAUCGGCAGGCAUGGUCCGAAUGGAUCGCGGAAGUUGGUGAGAUCAUUGCGAAAAAUCAGAUCACCAACGGCGGACCAGUCAUCCUAGCACAAGUUGAGAACGAACUCCAACAAACUCGUUAUGAAGCCGACAACACAUUGGUCAUCUACAUGGAACAGCUCAAGACCGCCUUCAAAGAUGCAGGCAUCAUCGUACCUUUGUCGCACAACGAGAAGGGCUUUAGAUCGAAGAGUUGGUCUACUGACUAUAACAAUGUCGGUGGUGCGAUCAACGUUUAUGGUUUGGACAGCUAUCCCGGUGGCAUGAGCUGCACGAACCUUGACACCGGGUUCAACCUACCGAGGACGUACUACCAGUGGUUCCAAGAGGUCUCCCCUACACAACCUGAAUACCUGCCCGAAUUUGAGGGAGGAUGGUUUCAACCAUGGGGCGGCUACUUCUUCGAUCAGUGCUUGGCUGAACAGAGCCCUGAAUUUGCGGAUGUCUUCUACAAGGGACUAAUCGGACAGCGAGCUAGUCUUUUGAACUUGUAUAUGGCAUACGGAGGCACAAACUGGGGUCACUCUGCAGCGCCCGUAGUUUACACUUCAUACGACUACGACGCACCACUACGCGAGACUCGAGAGGUCCGCGACAAGUUCAAACAGUACAAGCUUCUUGCCCUCUUUACCCGUGUAAGCAAAGGCCUUCACAACACCUUCAUGGAAAACAACGGCACCGCAAACGCAGUCGACAAUUCAGCUAUCUGGACCUGGCAGCUUAAAAGCCGCGAUACAGAGAGUAGGUUUUACCUCGCAGAGAACAACAACACGCGUACCCGCGCUGUGACUGAUUUCUCAAUGACUGUCAAGACAUCCGAAGGCGAUGUCAAGAUCCCAAGUUUGCAGCUUGCGGGUCGCCAAAGUCGAUGGGUAGUAACAGAUUACGCCGUGGGGGACAAGACGCUGCUUUACUCGUCCGCUGAGAUUGCAACCUAUGGCCUAUUCGAUCGACCUGUCAUCGUCUUCUACACACGAGAAGGGCAAAUAGGAGAGUUUGCGUUCAAGUCACAGAGCAACCUGACCUUCAAGGCGUAUGGCGCGGAGUCGAACAUUGCAAGUACGCCGGCGAACAGCACAUACUCAAGCUUCUCCUACAAACAAAGCAAGGGUAUGACCGUGGUAGAGUUUUCGAAUGGGGUUCUCGCUUAUCUGCUCGAUAUACCAACCGCGUACACCUUCUUUGCGUCGCCGACAACCGACGAUCCGAACGUCACUCCGGACCACCAGAUCUUCGUGCUCGGACCAUAUCUAGUUCGUUCAGCCAGUGUGUCCGGCGGCACAGUUGCUGUCAUUGGUGACAAUGCAAAUGCCACGACUAUCGAGAUAUACGCCGGCUCUGAUGCGAAUACGAUAUCUUGGAAUGGCAAAGAGCUCGCUACAACGAAGACAUCCUACGGUUCACUUACUGCCUCAAUUGACGGUGUCACAGAACGCAAGGUCACUCUUCCAGAGCUUUCAAACUUCAAGGCAGCUGAAUCUUCACCCGAGAUACAACCCUCGUACGACGACAGCAACUGGGUUGUCGCAAACAAGAACACCACUCUCAGCCCGGUGAAGCCACUCACACUGCCCGUACUCUUCAGCAGUGACUACAAGUACUACACAGGUGCCAAGAUUUAUCGUGGGUAUUUCUCAGGCAAGACCGCGACUUCACUCAACAUCACUGUACAGGGUGGAGUGGCGGCGGGAUGGAAUGCAUGGCUUAAUGGGCAGGCGAUUGGUUACCAUCCCGGCAACGCGUCGCAAACUUCCACAACCGCAUUGCUGUCUUUUAAGAACAUAACAUUAAAGGAUGAAGGCAAUGUCUUGACGGUAGCAACGGACUACACAGGUCACGAUCAGACGUCCACAGGCCCAGCUGGUGCAGAAAACCCUCGCGGUAUACUUGGUGCCCAGCUCCUCAGUGGCAACAACACCAAGCUAUCCUUCGACCAAUGGAAGAUCCAAGGUAACGCAGGCGGAGAGCGGAACAUAGAUCCAACCAGAGGACCUAUGAAUGAAGGCGGCAUCUACGGUGAACGCCUCGGGUGGCACCUCCCCGGCUUCGACACUUCCUCUUGGGAAGAUGCCAGUCCCACAACCGACGGUGUCCAAGGCGCCAGCAUCCGCUGGUUCACAACCACCUUCUCCCUCUCGAUCGAUUCCGAUCUCGAUGUCCCCAUUGGCAUCGAAGUCGGUGCGCCAAAAGGCACCAUCGCCCGCAUGCUCCUCUUCGUCAACGGAUACCAGUACGGCAAGUACGUUCCUCACAUUGGCCCACAAACUCGCUUCCCAGUUCCCCCUGGUAUUCUCAAUAUGAGGGGCGAGAACGUGUUGAGUGUGGCGAUGUGGGCGCAGACUGAGGCUGGUGCGAAGCUGGAUACGCUGAAGUUGGUUGAGUACGCCAGGUAUGAGAGUGGAUUUGCGUUUGCGAAGAUUGAUGGAAAGGCGUUACAAUCGGAGUGGGUGGAUAGGAGUCAGUAUGCGUGA